ACUAUCAACAAAAAUGGCCGAAUCUCUUGCCUCUGCUGCUGUCGAAAUUGUGACAAACCAGGCAACGGAAUACGCAUCACCCUAUCUCCGUUACUUUUUCUGUUAUGGACAGAUUGUUCAAGAUUUCAAGAAUCGACGAAAGGAACUUAAAUUGAGGAAACAGAGGGUGAAAAUUCGUGUCGAUGAGGCUACAAGGCAAAAUGAGGUCAUCUAUGAGGACGUUCAGGACUGGCUUAGAAGGGCUGAGCAAGAACUGGAAGAAACCCAGAACUUGCAAGAUGAAAUAGAUCGCGUCAAGUGUUUCAAAUGGUGUCCUAAAUGGGGCUGGCGAUAUUGCUUAAGUAAGAAACUGGCAGAGAAGACUCCUAUUAUCUCUAAACUUUUAGAGGAUUCUAACUUUCCACAGGUGGGCUAUCGUGGUUCUCUUCAAGGAAUAGAGUUCAUCACAUCCACGGAUUUCAUGGACUCUGAAUCUUCAAAAUCAGCUUUCAACCAGAUCUUGGAGGCUAUAAAAGCUGACAACAUGAUCGGACUGUACGGAAUGCCAGGAGUUGGUAAGACAACUUUAGCCAAAGAAGUUGGGAAGCAUGCUCGAGACCAAAAGCUCUUUGAUAAAGUUGUGAUGUUUACUAUGUCCCAAAAUCCGAACAUCAGAACAAUUCAAGAUAAAGUUGCAGAGAUGUUUGGUUUAAACUUUCAAACAAAUACCAAAGAAGGACGAGCAGAAGAGUUAUUCAGGAGUAUGCAAGGCGUGAACAAAAUCCUCGUAAUUGUCGACGACCUCUGGGAAGAAUUCAAAUUGGAGAGUAUCGGAAUUCCAUUCGGUGAUGAACACAAGGGUUGUAAAAUUCUUCUGACUACACGUCAACAACAAGUCUGCAGUAAAAUGAAGUGUCAGAAGGAAAUUCAACUUGGCAUCUUAUCCAAAGACGAAGCAUGGGUUUUAUUUCGAGAUCAAGCCGGUUUAGAAGAUGACUGUUCCAUCUUGAAUGAGGUAGCGAAAGAGGUUGCUGAUGAAUGUAAGGGAUUGCCUCUUGCAAUUGUUACCGUGGCAAAAGCUCUAAAAGGUGAGAGUUUAGAUGGGUGGAAAGCCGCAAACCAGAGAUUCAAGGACUCAAGGCAUGUGGAUAAUGAAGAAGUUCUCGGAGGUGUCCUCAAGCCUCUUAAGCUUAGCUACGAUUAUUUGAAGAAAAGCAAUAACCAAAUGACGGGAAAUGACAUCCAAAUGUGUUUCUUACUGUGUUCCCUUUUCCUGAAGAUGCUGAAAUCUCUAUUGAGUUAUUGAUUAUGUGCGGAAUUGGAGUAGGAUUGUUCCCGUAUGCUAACUCGAUUGAAGAUAAAAGGAAUGAAAUUGGUAUAGCACUAAAAAAACUCUAAAAAUCUGGCUUGUUAUUGGAAACUAAUGAUGAUGCAGAAAGGAUAAGAAUGCAUGAUGUGGUUCGAGAUUUUGCUCAUUGGCUAACAUCAACCGGAGAAAAUAGGUUCAUGGUAAAAGAUAAGUUGAAAGAAUGGCCUGAUAUGGUUGAAAGUUUUGAAUGUUAUACUGCAAUCGCUUUAUGGAAUUGUAGUAGUAACAUAAAAAAUUUUCCUGACAAAAUAGAAUUUUCAAAGCUCAAGACUUUGUUUCUUCAGAGGGAGUGGAAGGGUGAUUCACUAGUGGUUUCCAGUACAUUUUUUGAAGAAAUGAAAGCCCUCCAAGUUCUAUAUCUCAGUUUUGUCCGUUUUUCACUGAAAGGAUUCCAUUCCUUACCAAAUCUUAAAACUUUGUGGUGUGAGGAUUGCAAGGUGGAAGACUUUUCAUCAUCACUGACGAAUAUGAGAAGCCUUGAGAUUCUUGCAUUGAUUAGCACUAACAUUGAUGAGAUAAGUGAAGAAUUAGUGAAAUUGUCUACAUUGAAAUAUUUACGUCUUUCUCCUGGUGUUUUUGGAUUAGAAAAAAUGAAUAUCCCGCCCAAGUUGAUAUCAAGGUUGACGUUAUUGCAAGAGUUACAUGUGACAAGCAAAAACAAUAUCAACUUAUUGGAGUUGAACUCAUUGUCUCGCUUAACUGCACUAUCACUGUUGGUUUUUACUAAUCAAUUUUCUCAAGAAGAUUUUGUAUUCCCUAAACUACAAAGGUACAAUAUAGUUAUACAUAAUUAUCGUGGCUUUUGGAGGCAGAGAACCAUUAGAAAAUUGGCAAUUCAAAACUUCUCAUCCUCAUUGAGUGCAUUUAACAAUUUAUUUUGCAACGUGGAAGAGUUGGAGUUGAAUAAGGUUAGUGGACUGAAGAACAUAGUGCCAAGCAUAGGUAAAAAGGUACUAAAUGAGUUGACUUCUUUGGAGCUUAAUUCUUGCAACGAUAUGGAGUUUUUGACUGAUAUAACAAGAGAUCAAGAGCCAACAGUUGCAUUCUCUAAUUUGGUGAAAUUAAAUAUAGAAGACAUGGAUUCUUUGAAAGGGUUAUGCUAUGGUCUUUCUCCAUCCCAUCGUGCAAUUGCAAGCUUCACAAGACUAAAGGUUGUGACAAUUGAUUUUUGCCAUAAAUUGAAGACAAUCUUCUCACCUUACCUUGCUCAGAGUAUGUUGUGUAUAGAAGAACUCUACAUAAGCCGCUGCGAUGGAGUAAAGCAAGUAGUUGGUUUUGCCCAAGAAGAAGAAAUUACUAAGAAUGACUCUUGUCUCUGUUGCUGUCCCAAAUUGAGAAUUCUUGAGAUAGGAUAUUGCAGUAGUUUAAAAUAUGUUUGUGCAAACACUUCAACUCAAGGGCUUCAAUCAUUGGAAUCUGUCAAAAUAAAUGAUUGUCCUCAACUUAUGCAAAUCUUCAAGAUGGAACAAAAUGAGAAUGGGCAAGAUGUUGUGCUUUCUCAGAUCCAUUGCUGGCCAAAAUUGAAGACUUUUUGUAUAUGGAAUUGCAAACUAUUCUCAUGCUUCAUUGUACAAGCUCAGUUCUUGGAGAUCUUGUUUCUUACUAAGGUAGGAAUCAUAUGGGAAACUGAUGUACCUGUAUUGAAUGAAGAAUGUAUAGUAGUUGGGAAUCAUGAAACAAUAUUUCAAGUUCAAGGUGGGUACUCAUUCUCAAGGAUAAAAGAAUUGUACUUGAUGAAUUUAUUUGAAGUGCAGAUUAUAUGGAACGAUUUUGCUCAAGUUGUAACCCUUGAGAAUCUUUCAACUUUAGAGCUGACAGAUUGCAAGAAGUUAAUAUAUAUAUUUUCACCUACGACAGCUCGUAGUUUAUCACAUUUGACUAACAUCACUGUUACAAAUUGUGGAAAUUUGAAAAGUCUCUUUCCUUUUGGAUCUGUUCAUGUUCUUCCAAAACUUGAAUGUCUCAUAGUUGAAAGGAACUCUAAACUCGAACAAGUGUUUGAAUUAGAAGAUGAAGUGAAAGUGACAGUUGAAGAGGGGAUGAAAUUUGAUAAAUUAAUAAAGUUAUCACUUGAUGAACUACCGAACCUCAUUCACUUCGGUCCCAAAGGAUAUCAUUUUGUAUUGUCAACAUUGGAAGAUUUGAAAGUAAGAGAUUGUCCUAAGUUGACUACUAGUUUCUCCAUUGAUUCACAGGAAUUUAUGCAUUGCGAAACAAAGGAAUCUAUGGAAAAUUUAAUUUCUUUGCAAUUAGGGUCAUUUCCAGAAUUGAGCUGCAUAUGGAAUGGACCGAAUCAUUGCAUUAACCUUACAACUCUAAAGCUGAAUGAUUGCAAGAAGUUAAGAUAUAUAUUUUCACCUACAACGACUCGCAGUUUAUCACAUUUGGUGGAUCUUUUCAUCGAGGGGUGUGAGGAAAUAGAACGACUUAUUUUAGCCAAGGAUCAGGUUUCUUCUUCUUCUUCAUCAAAUGGUGAUACUGGCCUCCAACCUAUAAGCUUUCCAAAUUUGACUAAUAUCACUGUUACAAAUUGUGGAAAUUUGAAAAGUCUCUUUCCUUUUGGAUCUGUUCCUGUUCUUCCAAAACUUGAAAGUCUUAUAGUUAAAAGGAACUCUAAAUUGGAACAAGUAUUUGAAUUAGAAGAUGAAGUAGAAGUGGCAGCUGAAGAGAAGAUGAAAUUUGAUAAAUUAGGAAAGUUAUCACUUGAAAAACUACCGAGUCUCAUUCACUUCUGUCCCAAAGGAUAUCAUUUUGUAUUGUCAGUAUUGAUAGAGUUGAAAGUAAGAGAUUGUCCUAAGUUGACUACUAGUUUCUCCAUUGAUUCUCGGGAAUUUGUGCAUUGUGAAACAAAGGGGAUCAUAUAUAUCCAAAUCCAAAUGGACAUGAAUGCAAAAUGGAAAAUGAAGAUUCGAAGUAUCCUAAGUUCAAUAUAUCAACUAAAUGCAGGUGCGUUGAUAUAACUUAAUAAUAAGUUAUUUUGUUCCUCAA